GAUCAAUCAAAAUUUUUUUUGUUAAUUUUUGUGCGGUGUAGAAAUUUCCCUCCACGUCGUCUAGAAUCUGUCCGGAUAGAGAGUGGGAGACGGACAGAGCUCAUCAAUGGCAGCCUCUUCCCAUCUCUCUGCAAUUCCUCAAUGUUUCGGUUUUGCGUCAAAACCCCCUUCUAAUCCCUUAAACUCGAGGCGGGUUGGAAUUCAGGUGAGAUGCAGUUUGGAAAAUGAGAGCUGUGGUUUAGAAGCCUCGAAUGGUUCGGUAGAACCUCCAAAGACAAAGGGAUCUCAAGAAUCAACAUCCAGACGUGUGUGUCUUACAUGUUUGUGUUCGAGUAUAGCUUUGAUUAGCAGUUCUGGUAGCUCUGCUUCUUUACCAAGUGCAAUUGCUCUGGAUGCAAAAGAAAGACCUGUUUGCCGAAAUUGUGGGGGCAGUGGUGCUGUACUCUGUUAGUGUCACACUUUCCUUUCUAAUUUCAUUUCAUAUAUCCAUGCUUUUUCAGUCUGUUAGUAUCUGCACCUGGCAACUUUUUACAUUGUUUCCUUGCUCUCUUUGGCCUAGAUGAAAUGUAUGGCUAAUCCUGUCUUCAGCCCAUGAGAUGUUCAUUGCUUUUUAUUUAGGUGAUAUGUGUGGUGGUACAGGAAAAUGGAAAGCUCUUAACAGAAAACGAGCAAAAGAUGUUUAUGAGUUCACUGAAUGCCCAAAUUGUUAUGGUCGAGGGAAACUUGUUUGUCCUGUUUGUUUAGGCACUGGUUUACCAAAUAACAAAGGUCUUCUAAGGAGGCCUGAUGCACGUCAAUUGCUUGAUAAGAUGUACAAUGGCCGGCUUUUGCCAAGUUCUUAAUUAGGUAAUCGUUUUUACUUUUUGGGGAGGAUUUUGAUUCAACAACAAAUGAAUGAAGAAUGGGACAUUUUGCUUGAUGACUGUUAAAUCCAAGCAUGCACACCCGAGAAUUUUUCCCUGUGGAGAAUGGCUUAACGUUCGUCAAGUUUUUAUUGUUUCUUCAUAUGGCUUUAUUUCCUUUCACUCGAUGGAGAGGAGACAGCAUUUAUUAGCUAGAGUUGAAAGGUGAUAGUUGUAUGACUACCAAGAACAAUUCACUUGAGCAGGGAAGUUAUGCUAAGAUGAUGUAAAUGUGAUUUUUUGGUACCUGAACAAUCAGUUGAGAGAUUAAAUUAAGUAAUUUGCUCACAUGUACAACAGUUACAGUGAAAUGGUUGAUGAGGAAUUCAGGGGA